AUGUCGAACGAGACCAGCUCUAUGGAGCAAUCAUACACACCGGCUUCUUCCAGUGAUCUAUCUAUCUAUCUAUCUAUCUAUCAAUCUAUCUAUCACUCUAUUCAUAUCUAUCUAUCUAUCUAUCUAUCUAUCUAUCUAUCUAUCUAUCACUCUAUUCAUAUCUAUCUAUCUAUCUAUCUAUCUAUCUAUCUAUCUAUCACUCUAUUCAUAUCUAUCUAUCUAUCUAUCUAUCUAUCACUCUAUUCAUAUCUAUCUAUCUAUCUAUCUAUCUAUCUAUCUUUCACUCUAUUCAUAUCUAUCUAUCUAUCUAUCACUCUAUUCAUAUCUAUCUAUCUAUCUAUCUAUCUAUCUUUCACUCUAUUCAUAUCUAUCUAUCUAUCUAUCUAUCUAUCUUUCACUCUAUUCAUAUCUAUCUAUCUAUCUAUCUAUCUAUCUAUCACUCUAUUCAUAUCUAUCUAUCUAUCUAUCUAUCUAUCUAUCUAUCUAUCUUUCACUCUAUUCAUAUCUAUCUAUCUAUCUAUCUAUCACUCUAUUCAUAUCUAUCUAUCUAUCUAUCUAUCAAUCUAUCUAUCACUCUAUUCAUAUCUAUCUAUCUAUCUAUCUAUCUAUCUAUCUAUCUUUCACUAUAUUCAUAUCUAUUCAUAUCUAUCUAUCUAUCUAUCUAUCUAUCUAUCUAUCGCUAUUUAUACAUCUUUUGUCUCUCUAUGUAUCUAUCUGUCUCACUCUGUUCAUAUCUAUCUAUCUAUCUAUCUAUCUAUCUUAGACUCUUCAUGUUUCUAUCUAUGUAUUUAUCUUUCUAACCCUUCUGUUUCUAUCUAUCUAUCUAUCUAUCUAUCUAUCUAUCUAUCUAUCUAUCUAUCUAUCUCAGCCUGCUCUUAUCUAUACCAAUCUAUCUAUCUAUCUGACGAAAUUCUCCUACGCUAUGACUUGAUACAUGGAAGGAAAUAUUGCCUCGACUUAAUAUCUCUCAAGGUUCAAUCCCCAUUUAUUAAAGAUGAGCAAACGGAAGUUAUGAAUCCUUUAAGUGACGGACGUUUUGCCAUUGGGUGCACUGGAAUGUGGACUGCAACGCAUGUGCGUCAAUAUUGA